UGAAAAUCAAACGUUCUAUUUUUUUCGGCCAUUUUGUUUCAAAAUUUCUCUCAAUUUUCGGCUUAUUUUCGCCAAAAACAAACUGAUGUUUGCGUAACAUUUAUGAAAGAUGAAUGUUAACGCAGAUUUGAGUAACGGUAGUGAGUGGGAGCUGAGUAAAGAGAACGUACAGCCUUUGAAAAGAGGACGAAAAGUUGCUAAUCUGACCGCUGCUUUGGGCUCCAGUUCUAACGACUACCAGUCAAAGAUUCACAGAGAAAAACAAGCAUUUGAAGCUGAUAUCAGAACGUAUGAAGGUGRUGAUCCACUGGAAGUUUGGCACAGGUACUUCUUAUGGCUAUGUGAAAACUUCCCAAAGGGAGGUAAAGACCAGAUAACUCUAUUGGAAAAAUGUAUUACUGUGUUCAAAGAUGAAGAACAAUACAAAAACGACCAAAGAUAUUUAGAAAUCUGGAUGCGAUAUGCUGAUCUUUCCUCAGAUCCAAUGGACGUAUAUGAAUACAUGCACAGCCAAAGUGUCUGUAGCCAGCUUGGAAAUUUCUAUAAAGCCUGGGCUUGUGCUCUUGAGGAAUUAGGAAAUAUGAAGAAAGCUGAUGAAGUAUACUGUCUUGGUAUAUCCAACAACGCACAGCCAUUAGAAGUACUACAGCGGCAACACAGGGCAUUUGAAAGGCGUCUUGCAGAGAAUGUGACCAGAGAUACUGUACAGAACUUUAACAAUGAAAAUGAAACACAGAGAACGGCACUAGGAGGUCUAAAGAGCCAUGGAAAGAAAGGCACAGUAGGAGUGAAGAGGACUGGAAAUGCUACUCUAUCCAAUAAAGUUGGUGGUCUUGGCUAUUCCAAAAUGUCUGGUAAUUCCAACAGUGCUGGUUUCACAGUGUUCUGUGAAGAUGACAACAUGUCUGGAAUGAGCAGUCUUCCUCACCCUACAGGCGAGUGGCAGGUCCCUCCUACUAAACCUAUCACUACUAAAGAGAACACUCAAAAACCAGGCAAAUGGACUGAAUCUAAGCUUCCUCAGAAACAUCAAAGAUCCAUUCCAGUUGAUAAUGUUGGUACAAAACCGUCUUUUUCUGUUCACAUUGAUGAUGAAAUACUUAACAAUCCACCAUGCACUCCUCAACAUGGACAUGUCGUGAUGGACAAGGUGCUUAGCUCCAGAAAACCUGAAAAAGAUUCUACCAGUGAGCUACUGAAAAAUUUUGCCAAGGGAGAUAAUGAAGAUAAAAAGUUCAAGGUGAUGUACUGUAAAGACAAGAUCUACACUGGAGCCAGAGAAUUCUCAUUUGAACAGCUCCGAGCAGCUCGUAUGUUGUCCCGUCUUGCUGGAAGACCCUGGUCAAUUCUGUACCCCGCACAAGAAAACCAGGAUGAAAGAAAGUACAAAGUUAUGUAUCCUAAAAAUGAAGUGUACACAUUUGAUGAAGAACGGCCUCUUGAUGAAGUCCUAUUAAAACGAUACUUCAAAUAUAAAAAAGCAAGGCAAGAAAGGGUUCAAAGCAGAGCUGCUAUGACACAACAGGUUCGUACAAAUACCAUGAUUGACAGUGACACAAAUAUGUCUGAUGAGAAUGUUGAACCAAUGGACUGCCAAGAUAUAAAACCAACACCAGCUCUUAAUGUUCCUACUGGAUCAGGGUUCCAAGUGUAUGAUGAAGAAACUGGAAAUCUUGCUGGUAAUGGUCAGGUUGCAUCAAGGUUCCAAGUGUACGAUGAAGAAACUGGACGUCCUGCUGGUAAUGGUCAGGUUGCAUCAAGGUUCCAAGUGUACGAUGAAGAAACUGGACGUCCUGCUGGUAAUGGUCAAAUGACAUCAGGGUUUCAAGUGUACGAUGAAGAAACUGCAAAUGUUGCUGGUAAUAGUCAAAUGACAUCAGGGUUUCAAGUGUAUGAUGAAAAAGCCAGAAAUCUAGCUGGUAAUAAUCAGGUUAAAUCUGGUUUCCAAGUAUAUAAUGACCAAGAAAACAAUAGUGAAAAUCACACUGCAAGAAGAGGGCUGUCAUUCACUGAUGCCAGCGCAGAAGGCCAGUUGGUUUUAAAAGAUAAAAUCUACAACAAUGAGUUUCCAAAUACAAUUGCCGACAAUGCCAUGCCUACUGCUGAUAGCACAUCUUCCGCCUUCCAUCCUGUAUCCAAAGGAUUGCAGGUACGACAAACAUUAAAAGAACGGGCAGUACCUCAUGAGGAACCAUGUACAGCAGUCAGUACCAGUUGCCAAGGCAACAGAAUGCCUGUCGCCAUGACAACAGAGAUGCAACAACAGCACACUUCCAUGACACCUACUAGCAAUAUUUUUAGUGCCCUGAAUCAACAAUCGGCAUUUCACCCAGUUACACCUGGAAAUAAGAGUGUGGUUGAUCGCUUCGGUAGUCAUACUCCGGGUUCUGUGGAUAAAUACUAUCCAUCGCCUACUGUAAACACCAGAGCCGCACAAGAAGCAGUAUUAGCAAUGUUUAACAAUCCACUGGGUGUGGAUAGUAAUGAUGACCUACCAUGGAUGAACAGACAACAGAUAGCUGCACCUGACAAAGAUUUUGAAGCAGCUUUCUGUAAUGAUAACAGGACUGAGAACUUAGGAGCAGGGCUUUUUGGAAUGCAAGUAGCCAGCUUUACUCCGUACGUUGAUUCAGAACCUGAUAAACAAGGUCAUGGAGAUAAAAUAGAAAUAUAUGAUGAAAACCAAGAAAACCGGCCGCCUAGUGAUUAUGUCCAAGAAAAAUCAAAGCGGCCCGUGUUCGGUGUUCUGCAGCCUUCUGUUGGGAUCCCUGUGUGCCCUAUAGAGGAAGAAAAAGAUGAAGACAUGGAUGAUGAAGAUGUUGAAAACCUGCCACCACAGGCUGAACAAUACAACAAAACACUACGAGAUGUUACUGAAGAUGCUAAUGCCUUCAUGGUGACAUCUAGUUUCAAGAUGGCCGCUCACAUGGCAUCGACGCCUUUCUCUCAAGGUUUAGAACCACCUUCAUUCUCAGUGAGCACGAUAAACCCCCAAUUAGAAAUAGACUUUGCUUCUGCACAUGUUACAGAGGAAUACAUCGCUAACACAUUCAGUUGCACACCAAAUAAGGUCUUGAGUCCAAUAUUUGAAAGAAGUGAUGAAGACACYAGGUCAACAACUGGCUCUUCAUCGUCUACUGUCUCUGGUCGAGGUAGUGUAUCACAUCACAUGCCUCCUACUGCCAGCCAAUUAACUUAUAUUUCCAAAGACCAAACACAUAACCAUGGUAACCAUUCUAUAGUAAGGCAAGCUAAUAACAAAGAUGGCACAACUGACUUGAAUCCGUUCAGUGAUGAGGUGGUACAAGCAUUGCUACUUCGUGUCGUACCUUCUGUCUCGUCAUAUGAUGGAUAUUACAGUUCUCAAAAAUACCAGAUUCCCAAGAUAGCUCCAAAUCUCGCUGUCAACCUAGGUGAUGAUGAUCUCUAUCAAGUAGAGCGGUGUAUAGGAACUGGUGCUUUCUCCAAAGUCUUCUGUGCAGUCAAACUAAAUGCUCAUUUAUCUUCUGAUGAUUUCAGUGACGAAAAUGAAGUGACGCUCAAGGUACAAAAGACCCCUAAUGACUGGGAAUUCUACRUGUGUCGUCAGCUGCACACAAGAAUUGAUCAGAUGGAAUAUGCAAGAAAUAUGCAUGCAUUAUUCAUGAACCCCAGUGAUAUAUACAACUAUAUUGAUGGUUCAGUAUUGRUGGACCGGUAUGACCGUGCUGUAACCCUUCUGGACGUGGCCAACAAGUACAAGACGUCAGGAAAGACCAUYGAUGAAAGAGUAGCUGUUCUCUUUGCCAUUAGUCUAUUGCGCAUGCUUAUAACGAUGCAUCGCUGUAAUAUUAUACAUGGGGACUUUAAACCAGACAACAUUCUCGUUCUGGAUAGCGAGUCAUUCAAAGAUGGUAUGGACCUCAAGUUGAUUGACUUUGGUCGUAGUAUUGACCUUCAGUUAUUCCCGCCUGGGACGUCAUUCAACGUCAACUGCUAUACCGAUGGAUUCCAGUGUAUUGAGAUGAAGACCCAAAAACCUUGGACUACACAGGUGGACACGUAUGGUCUACUAGGAACAUUGUACUGUCUGAUCCAUGGAGAAUACAUGAAGGAACACCAAACAGAUGGUAGAUGGAAACAGAACAAGAGUUUCAAACGCCACUGGAAUACGAAGCUAUGGAUAAAACUUUUUGAUUCUUUCCUCAAUAUGUCUGGUCAAAAUGACAUGCUAUCCCUGACUGAACAGUUACUGGUAGAUUUUGAAAAUCUGUUGGUGGAACUCAAGGACAUCCAACGAGCAAGAAAGGAACACGAUAUACUGAUGCACUCAAGAAGCUAAGACCCGUAUGUAGGGCCAAGAUCCCGUCCCCAUAACACCAAACAUUUUUUUAUAUAUUCUGCGUUAAUUUUUAGUUAAUUCUGCCUAAACAAACGACGCAAAUCUCAACGUGGGAUAAGAAAAGUGAAAAAUAUUAAUGCGUUCCUUCAGAGAAACGAUUGGAACUUCGCAAUAUUCCUCAUUUGUUUUGCCUCUUAAACUUUAUCGACAAUUCGGCCCAUUUUAUUCACUAUUAGCUGCUCGAUGUUCAAGUUGUUUUCAAUCAAGUGUACGACACUGCAUACGAUGAGAAUCAAGUCUCUGGUUUCACAAUAUCAACGACAUAAAUGCUUUACCUUAUAAUGGCUAUUAUUCGUUUAAAAAUGAAUAAACGAGCAAGAUUUGUAAUCAUGAA